CCUUCCAUUCUCCAACGGCCGCCAUCUUUCUUCUUCCUUUGCCCAAACAAAAAACUCAUCAACCAAACACUCUAUCUUUCCCUACCAUCAACUCAAUCAUCAACACAUUACAAUCAUCAUGUCCAGCAUUGGGCAAAUCUUCCGCGUGACGACUGCUGGCGAGUCACAUGGAAGGGCUAUCUCGUGUAUCAUCGAUGGCUGCCCUCCCGGCCUGGACCUCACAGAGGCCGAUAUCCAGCCUCAGCUGAACCGUCGUCGACCAGGUCAAUCGGCCAUCACCACGCCUCGUAACGAGAAGGACCGCGUCACCAUUAACUCUGGCACCGAAAAUGGCGUCACUCUCGGAACACCGAUUCUGUUGACCGUCCCCAAUGAGGAUCAGCGACCAAGGGACUACGGUGAUAAGACCAUCGACAUGUACCCUCGUCCCAGCCACGCAGACUGGACUUACCUCGAAAAGUACGGGGUUAAGGCCUCGUCAGGUGGUGGUCGCAGCUCUGCACGCGAGACUAUUGCUCGAGUGGCCGCUGGUGCUGUUGCCGAGAAGUGGCUCAAGGAGGCCUACAACAUUGAGAUUGUUGCCUUUGUCAGCUCUGUCGGAACCAUCAAGCUUUUCGCUGAUACAGAAGCCAUGAGCACCGAUCCUGCCUUCCUCAGCCUCGCCGAGACUCUCACCCGCGAACAGGUUGACGAAUACCUCCCAGUCCGAUGCCCUGAUGACGCCAUUGGCCGAGCCAUGGAGGCUCGCAUUGCAGAGCUGCGCGACCAGCACGACAGCACUGGUGGAACAGUCACCUGCAUUAUCCGCAAUGUGCCCUCUGGUCUUGGCGAGCCCUGCUUCGACAAGCUCCAGGCUAGCCUUGCCCACGGUGUGAUGUCUAUUCCCGCUGUCAAGGGUUUCGAGUACGGUUCCGGUUUCCAUGGUGCUGAGAUGACUGGCAGCAAGCAUAACGAUCCUUUCGUGCCAGCACCUGCCCUCGACGCCGCCACCCAGAGGACAGGCAUUCCUCGCUCCAGACUCCAAACGAAGACGAAUCAUUCCGGCGGUAUCCAGGGUGGUAUCAGCAAUGGUAUGCCCAUCUUCUUCAGAGUCGCUUUCAAGCCUCCUGCCACCAUCAGCCAGGACCAGAUCACAGCACUUUACGAUGGCUCGGGCGAGGGUGUUCUCGCUGCUAAGGGAAGACAUGACCCCUGCGUUGUGCCUCGCGCUGUCCCUAUCGUCGAGGGAAUGGCGGCGAUUAUGGUGGCAGAUGCUCUCAUGCAACAGAAUGCGAGAAAGAUGUCUACAGUUAAACCAUAGAAUGGCAAUGGUAGCGCGAAUGGCAAGGACAACGAUGAGGACCAUGGCAAGGAAAACGAGAGGAUCGCAGUGCAUUAGAUACCAAAACGGAGAGUAUGAGAUGGGACUUUUAUUGACAUGAGGGAUGACGACUUUAGACUAUUCUUAACUUAUGUUUAGCUUUUCAAUCCAAAGGCUUGAGUAAUCCUUACAAUAAUGCUCUUGACGUUUGUGAAUGACCA